AUGCAAAUCGAUAGCCGCGGAAGAAGAAUGAGAAGACCGCCAGCUUGCGUACAAUGCCGCCGUCGUAAGAUUGGUUGUGAUAGAGCUCGUCCAGUUUGUGGGAAUUGUGCCAAAAAUACGUCUAGAGGAGAAUGUAUAUAUCCUGAUGUACCAGGUCAGAUCGAUUAUUCUCAGUUUCCUAGUACAAGAACCAUGAGGACGACUACAACGACAACUACAACAAAUACUCAAAAUACUACUUCAACCACUUUUGGGGGAAGUUCUCAUAAUAUCAUAUCACUUAAUAACAACAACAACAAUGGCAGUGGCAGUAACACUGCAAUUUCAUCGGGUCCAAUCUUUACUACUGCGACAGUUCCUGGCGCCCAUGGUGCUGUUUUAGGUACAUUCGGUGUUUCUAAUCAUGCUAUACCAUUACAUAUGAAUGGCUCUAACCCAUCAGGUAUGAACAUCUCACCACUCAAUGCUAACCAGAUCGUUGCCAAUACAGCAUCAAGUUCAAAUCCAUUGACAAUUAUUGCGGCUCCAAUGUCAACUAAUAAUGGUCAGAUGAAUAUUUCAUCGAAUAACCAAAAUAUAAGCAACAACGUCACAACAACUCUGCGUGUACCUCAGGCAUUUAGAAACUUGUCACCAGAUGUAGCUUCUAUGAGUCAGAUUGCAGGAUAUAAUACCAGAUUGCAGUUACUAAAUGGAACUGAAACUUUAGAUCCUUCCGAUCCACAGGGGUAUUUGAAUAGCUUGGUUUAUAUGAACUGGUUGGGCGAUAACACAGCAUAUGAUCUAUUGACUUCUCCUCAUACACAGGAUGAAGUAUUGAAGCAGGAAUUAGAGUUUCUUAAGGGUCGCCUUGGAGAUUUGGAAGAUUACGCAAUUUCAAUUAAAAUGUCUCAUCAUUCUGGUUACCCACAAGAUCAUGCCGAAAGCCUUUCUGAAAGUGAAGGGGAUAACACUAUUGAUGAUAUGGAUGAAAAAGAUAAUAAAAAGAGAAUAGCAGAAUCUGAAGAAGAUACUUCGUCAACUGGUGAUAGAAAUAUUAAUUCUUUAACAAAUGAUGAUCGAUUGAAAUCUAUCAAGAAAAAGGCUAAUAAGAGACAAAAAUUGAUUUCUGGUAAUAGUGCUGUCCCUAGUAUAAAUGCUAAUGUACAUAACGUCAAUGGUUCAAUAGAAAUAAAUGAACCUACUAGAAUGAGACAUGCUUAUGAAAAUCCAGCUUUAGAUUUCGAAAGUAGAAAAUUCAUUUUCACUCUUUUUAAUCAAAAAUUAAAAGAUCAUACUUUCCAAAUGACUCCAAAUUCUAAUAAUAAUUUAAAUAUUCAACCUGAAUUUGCAUUAAAUACUGAACCAAAUUCUCUACCGAUUCUAAUUACUCAAAUUUAUGAUACUCCAAAUACAAUUUUCAAUUGGCAAUUUUUAGUAAUUAGAGAUUGGAAUUUAUUACAAUUCUUCAAUAAAUUAACAGAAUUAUUAAAAUCUAAAUUUAAAGAUAAAUUAUUACAAUGGAAGUUAUUAUCUAAUUCACCGGAUUCAAAAGUCAAUCAAUUGAUCCAAGAGCCUGUUAAGACAAUCCGAAAUAAUAAUAAUUUAAUCAAAUUACCAAGUAAGUUAUUUCUAAAAUCUGUUAUCGAAGCUUGCUUCAAUUCAUUAGAUGAACUAGACACAUUAUUACCAAUGCUCAAUAAAUUCACUAUGCUUAAUAUCAUUAAUAAACUCUUUGACUCUUCUAAAUCCGAUCCUACAACUAAUCUAACUUUCAAAUUAGAAAAGACUUCAUUUCUACAACAAACCCAACUAGGUCAAAUUUCUUUGAUGCUAUUAAUAUUUUUGGAAUCAUUAUAUUUCCAAUCGACAAUUUCUGGAGAGAAUCAAAAUCUUUUUCAACAAUUAUUAGAAUUUGGUACAAAUUUACAGACUAAUUUAUCUAUUAUUCAAACAAAUUUAACUAGAAAAACUAAACAAUCUUGUUCAUAUACUGAUUUAGAAGAAUUGAAAUUUAUUUCUUUAUUAAAAUAUUAUAAAAAUUUUUCUAUUUUAAAUGAAGAAUUAUUCACAAAUAAAUCCAAACGCGGUAUUAAUCCACCAAAGUUAACUAAUGAACUUGAUUUAGAUGAAGAUAUUAAUUUGGCUAUAUUCAAUAAUUUGAAUAAUUUAAAUUCUACAUCAAAUACUCAAGAAGAAAUAAAAACUGAUAUCGAUUCAGAGAAGAAUGAAUCUGAACCUAUUACUGAUGAAAACUUGGAUAAAAAGAAAGAUAAAAAAUUAAUUGAAGAAAAUGAUAGAUACCAGUAUGAAAAGACCUUAUUAUGGAAUUUUAUAUUCAAGAAUUAUUCUCAAAGACAUUUAAUUAAAGGUGAAACUCCAAUACUACUAUCCGAGAAGGAAUAUUUCUCUAAUUUAAAAAUCGUUGAUACAUUAUUAAAGAAUGAUAUAUCUUUGAUCAAUAUUCAAAUAGAGCUGGUUAAAUAUUUAAGCUCCAAGACUCAACAAAUAUCGGUUAGAAAGAUGAAAAGAUUAACUGAAAAAUAUAAGUCAAAACUAAAUGAUAUUACCAAGAAAUCUAAUACAUCUACAUCUGUUAUAAUACACAAUAUAACUGAUUCCUUAAUAUAUUGUAACUCCUUACUGUAUAUUAAUUAUUAUAACUUCUUACAUUGGGAACAAAUGAAAGAUUAUGUGCAAUACACUCAAAAUUUUUCACAUCUAAUUGAAUUUAUUGAAGAAACUUUAAUCUAUAUCUUUACAUUAUUAUCUAACCACAAUUGUUAUACCAUACUAUACUUCAAAAGUUUAUUAAAGGCUUUAAACACCAUAUCCCUGAUCUUAUUGUCAGUAUUCCAGCGUAAUUUAACAAUCAUUCAAAUAGCAUCAGAAAACCCAACAUCGAUUGAUUCAGAUCAUUUAAUUCAUAUUAAAAAUCAAUCUAAAUUGAUUUCUACAAUUUUUAAAUCUACUUAUCUAUUAUUGCAAAAUUAUAACAAUAAUAAGAUUGCAAAGAAAAACCCUAAAAUUGUAAAGUAUUUGAAUAAAUUACAGUUAAUCUUAUCAUAUAUGAUGCAGUCGUCAAAUCCAAGUCUUUCAGGUGAUUUAAUGAAUUUACAUAAAGAAGGCCCAUCCCAGUUACAAGUAUUUACUAAUGGGUUAAAAAACAUCAACACAAAUUCAUUUGUCAAGAUCAAUGCUAAAUUACGUAACUUAAUUGACUCUUUGAAGAACCUUUCUCUCUAUAAUGAUCGAAACUCAUUAGAAUUGAAUGAUUUGCCAACUUGGGGAUUGAAUGAAAAUAAUCUUUCUGAGAUGUAUGAUUCGUUAUAUUCUUGGUAA